UCCAAAUUCAUCGCGGCGCUUCACGACUGCUGGAGGCGCUCCCUGCAACCGCUUGGCGGUUCCUGGCCGUAGCCACUGGUCGAGCAGUGCCCAAGCGGAAUCGGCCCAACACACGCGGCGCCAUGGUCGACCUAUUCAAGGUGGUGUCCGCCGUGCCGCAUGUUCACGCCCGUCCUGGCCAACGUCUACAAGGACGCGAAGGAGGAUAACCUGGCCAUCGAGGUGGUGUUCAUUUCUUCCGACCGGACCAAGCAGGACAUGCUCAACUACAUGCGCUCAUCCCACGGUGACUGGUACGGUCUGCCUUUCGACGAUCCGCUUCAGAGCGUACUCGAAGAGCGCUUCAAGGUAGCCGGCGUCCCCACGCUGCUGGUGAUGAAGCCUGACGGAACCGUGGCCUGCCCCAACGGCAAGAAGCUGGUGCAGGAGCGGGGGGUGCAGGCGUUCCGCGAUUGGCUCAGCCCCUGAGACGCCAUCUACCGUGCGCAGAGACCCGCCUUGCCGCUCGCUAUCUGAAGACUCUGCGCUGGGUUAUGGGGCAAGAGCCGUAGGAAACAAGGCCUCGAGCACGCGAAAAAAGCUGAACUGCUUGCUACUGAAAAAUUAAUCUCACACGUCGCCUAUUCUCGCCUGUGGACUUCUGCGCUAACGUCCUUCUCCUCCAGGGCACAGGAGCUUUAAGUGCGUCUGAAGUAGAGUGCUAAGUGGCGCCAUCAUCGGGAAGCGGAGACAAUACAGCGACCGAUGAUCACUACGCUUGUUUUGAACCUCAUCAGUGUAGGUUGUUACUUUGUUACAUUAUUUCGAUAUAGAAGCCCUUGACCCCUU